ACAUUCAUCUUUCAGCACUACUGUCUCGCGAGAAAACUUCUUUCAUUGUUUUGUAACUAAGCGGUGUCACUCCUCAAAGCUACACAAGCUAGCUCAUCCUGAAAUUCUCAGACAACCUGAGCUCAGCUAGCGCUGAGCUGAGCUCCAUGGCGUCCAAGGACCAAACCGCAUCCUCGUCGGAGACGACGACGGCGGUGGCGGAUGAUACCUCCAGCCAACAAGACGCACCGCCCCACCCGCUGCAGGUGACUUCGCCGGAUUCUUCGUUGCCGUCGCCGUCGCCGCGGCAACGCCGGUGCGUGGCGGCGUACAUGGACCUGACGCGGGAGGAGUGCGGCCGCCUCUUCCCGUCGGGGCGGCUCCGCUCGCAGCCGCUCCGCCUCGCCGGGCGGCCGUUCUACCUCACGGCGCGCUGCAACAUGGACCAGCGGGACACCUUCCGCUGCUUCGGCCUCUUCCUCGCCAUGGAGGUCGACGACGAGGAGGAGGAAGAGGAGGGCUCGCCGUCGCCGGCGGCGAGCGUCACCGUGGAAUACGACUUCGCCGCGAGGACGAGGCAGCAGUCAGGGGAUGAGUUCGUCAGCAUGUACAAGGGGCACUACACCUUCGCCGCCGGGAAGUCGUGUGGAUACCGGAAUCUGCUUGGGAUGCCAUGGGCGUCGUUCAUGGGUGAUGGUGGUGGUGACAGCGUGUUCUUCAUCGAUGGGGUGCUGCACUUGAGGGCUGAAUUAUGUGUCAAAGAAGAUGCUUAAUUAGAUCGAUCGAAUUAAUAUGGAUAUAUUGUACGGCGUUCGUGAAUUGAGAAUGCUUCAUAGCCUUUUGAAAA